AUGAAUGGCGAGCCAAAUUACGCCUCUCGCACUGGGCCACCUGCGCCUGUCACCUAUCCUAUCGCCACUCUCAAUCCGCUAUUGGCCUUUCCACAGUCACUAAGUCCCCGUUCCAACCCCCAUACUCCUGCCUCUGAUCCUCUCGAUACCGGCUUGGCUGCCGACACCGCCGACAGUGGCACCGCCACCGGGGCUUGGAACGUGCUUCCCGCCUCCGAGCUUGGUCACCCUGCCAACCUCGACAAGCCCUACCCUCUCACUCUUGUCCCAUUUGAUAUUGCAAACCCUCCCCAACACGAAGACUCUCUGGUGAUAUUACCCUACGACGAGAUCGUCUUUGAGGAUGAGCUGAGGGGAUACUUGGUCGAAGAGUACAAGGCGGGGCGAAUCGGAGAGGGAGUAGAGUACGAGGACACAUUCGUUCUGCCGUAUCUGCGUGGCUUUUACCUACGGCUCCAAGCUGUUAAGGGUCUUAAAGCUCGCCGAGGCGAACGUCUACAGAUCUUCCCGACGACUUUCACGACUUCGGUUCGGCUGGACCUGGACAUUUACAUGCGACCGAAAGAUACGGUCAAAGGUACGUCGGAUGGUAAUGAUGUGGAAGCGAAGGAAGCAAGGAAGAGAAAAGGAAAAGAGGAGCAGUCUGCCUCUAUAGUAACCUCUACCGCCGCGAAAUCCUAUAUGCCAGACGUUGGUUUAGUCGGCUAUAACCUCGAGCAGAUCGCAGAGAAAACAUUUCGAAAGCCACCAAGAGAAGAGCCGUCUACGAAACGAUCAUCAGGAGCACAGAUUUCGACAGGGCGUAGUGAACGAGAUUUCAUCCUCUACUCAAUCAACCACAUCAAAUGGUCGCCCAUGGUCCAGAAUGUGCGCGACGAGGCAGAGAAACGGUAUUUGGACGACAUCAACCUCCGCUGUGCCCGCCUAGAUGCUCUUUUCCAGACUCUCUAUCACCUCCACAACGCCUAUCGAGUAGCCGGAUGUCGCUUGGCGAUUGCUUGGGCAAACGAGUUCUUCACUCGCAUGGUCAAUGUGACUGGGAAGUGUGGUCCGCAGACAAUCCUGGUUGAAGCUUCGCCCAAGUCCAUGUCAAUGUCAUCAAAGAGGCUACCAAACCGCGCAGCAGACGGCCUGAACCUUGAUGAUCUCAUCACCUUGGUUCAUGAUGACGAUUGGGAGGCACCCAACUCUCUCAUUCGAGAUCACGACGACUGGCACUACGACGAAGAAGCCAAAUACCGCCUGGACGCGACCAUCCUGAUGACUCUGGCUACCACUACUCAUGCUACGACCCUUGGUGACGUCGCUGUUUCAGGUGGAUCGAAGAGAGGAAGAGAGGUCGAUCACGACGAGUACCAAGAGUCAUCUUUGCCCUUCAAACGGUCGAGAGAUGUUAGGCAGGGUGUGGACGAUGACAGCUUUGUUGGGCCCGUUGAUGACUCUGCCUACCUACCCACUCAAUCUCAAUCUGAGAGCAUUCUGCGACCCCCCUCACGUCCUGCUUCAUCACCUUCUGUUCCCUCCUCUGCGUCGUCACCCAACAGAACGGACGACACGGACAGCGUGACCGAUGAAGCCUUGCUCGAACUCGAAUUUCCCUCUGAAGAUUGGACGCACGGUGACUAUGCCGGUGCUCUGGAAAAGACAGGGACGAAGGUGUUGCUAGUGGACCCGCAAGAGAUGGAUGUGCUGCUGGCGCGGGCCGCCAGACAGGGAUGGGCCGAGGCGCUCAAGAUGGAAUAG